CGAUAGCUUUCGCGAUUAAUACGGUUUUUGCAGUGUUGCAAAGAGAGGAAAAGUGGCCACCAAUUUUGCGUCUCAUCGUUUUCGUAAAAAAUUCUGCAAAAAUUUUAGAACGCUUUCGGAACAUUUUCCCGAUGUCGGAGCCACCAUCAAAACGGUCGCAGGACCAGCAGCGGAAUGUUUCACCCAAGGCGCAGUCGCAACUGCAGCUGGCCAAAACGGAUUUGAAGAGAUCCGCCUCGGACUCUUCGAUGGAAAACAUCUGGCGCUCAGCUUUCGCUCAAUGGAACAGCGAACCAUCUUUAGGGCAGAAAUCUCCGAAAUCCAGAGAGUCACAAAUAGCCCCUCUGCAUGCUCUUCCUCAAUGGAGCAGCCAGGAGACUACCCGUGCCGAAAAGAAUAAGAAAACCGUGCUAAAAGAGCAGACCCCAGCCCAAUUUCCAAAACGGGCCUAUAAUCGACGUAAGACAAUGUGUACUCGAUCAGACACCUUGCCAGAAAAAGUGCCCAAGGAGUUCAACGAUAAUCUCACACCGGAGCAGAGGCAACUGGCCAACGACGCUGCUUAUUGGGAGGAGAAGCUGUGCGGUCGUACACAUGUGGAGGGGGGCCAGGCCAUGUUCCUUCGCGUUUUGAACCUGGUCAACACCAAACUAUUGACAUAACUAUUUCCGUACAUAACGAAUUCAAAUAAAGCUGGCACUUAUUGAGUGAUCCGUAGGGUCCUAGAUGUGAUGCAAAAUA